AUGGAAAGGCUUCCGUACAAAAUUGCUGAUAUCAAACUAGCAAAAUCAGGUAGAAAAGCCUUAUCAAUGGCUGAAUUUGAAAUGCCAGGAGUAAUACGAUUACGAAAAAUAUAUGGUCCUACAAAACCAUUGAAAGGUGUUCGUCUUGCUGGAUGUUUACAUGUGACGGCACAAACAGGAGUAAUGAUUGAAACAUUACGUGAAUUAGGUGCUGAAAUUCUUCUAUUGUAG